AUGACGGAAAAACUUCCCGCAGGAACCCUAUGUGUGGUCUGCGAAGACGUUGCUACUGGGAACCACUACUCCGUUCCAUCCUGCAACGGAUGUAAGACGUUUUUUCGACGUGCUGUAGUGAACAAUCGUAUGUUCACAUGCAUGGGUAACGGCGACUGUCCUGUGAAUAAAGGUGUCCGUUGUGCCUGUCGCCACUGCCGUCUGAAGAAAUGUCUACUAGUAGGAAUGGACAAGAAAUCGAUUCAGAACGACCGUGAUCGUAUCGGCUACACGAAGCGCACUCGUAAGAGUGAAAAGCAGACUUCCGUCUGUGUGGUCGACAGUUAUGAUGUUCCUAUUCAGAAUGUGGUCGAUCCGAUGCUCGAGCGACUUACGACGCUGGAGAACAACUUAACCCUCUUGCUUAGUCGUGCAGAUAUUGAACCUUACGCAUCGUUAGAUGAUGCUCUGGCGGCACCUAGUCGUUUUCAUCAACCUAUUAAUGUCAGAGUAAUGUGGUUGUCAAGGAUAAUCGCUCUCUACAUCGAUUGGGCGAAAUCGUUUGCUUGCUUUCGAAAUCUCCCUCACGCUGAUAAGAUAGCUCUCAUUACCAACCAUGCUAGUUCGUAUAUAAUUAUGUGUGAGGCCUUUCGUACCCCGGAACGCGGUGAGAAGAAACUGGAGGGCACCGUUAUUUCGGGCACAUCUAGCGAUCAGAUGCAGGGAUUGCUUUUUAGGAUUAAGAAUGAUCUGAAUGCCACAAAUUCAGAGGUUCUUACGAUGCGUCUUCCAACAGAGUACGGUAGCCUGCCGGCAGACUAUGGGACAGUUAUCCCACAGGUACUCGAUACUGGAUCACUGGAUCGUCGCCGAGAUGCAGUUUCCGGAUGCCCGCAGAAAGUGAUUUCCUUUAGUCUUUCUGGAUUAACUCCGGUGAUGGCAGCGAUGAUUGACUACGUGAUGAAACCGUUUCGUCAACUCAACAUCUCUACCACGGAAUUUGCAACGCUUCAAGCCAUUAUGUUUUUCGAUCCUGAUACGGAUGGUAUUGACUCGGCCAGUCAACGAAAUGUAGCUGCCGAACAAAAGAAAUUGCUCACUGCUUUGCAUAGACAUAUUCAACGGCACUACGCUGGAUCCCUAGUCGAGGAGCGAUAUGCUAACAUCUUACUAAGGAUACCCACUAUUCGAAAAGUUGCGGCCAAGAAAAAUGAGUCGCUGCAGAUGAUUGAUAUGUUGAAUUUGUUCGCAUUUAAUUCUUUGGUGAAGGAAACUGCUCUCGGUGUUCGAUCGCCAAGUUCGAGCACUCUCGCUUUAGGCGUCACGAUAAAUGGCGACUACCCCUCGGAGUGA